UGUCUAAUUACUAAAUACAUAGUUUGAGUAAUCCAAUGCAGCAAUAAGCCGCUGCACUGGUUCCUGUACUCUCAUUCUCAGACUAGACAGCAGAAGCAUCACCAGGUUGCAGCAAGACUAAGGCUACGCUGAAGGUCAGGCAGACACCUCUGGUCAGGACACUCUUGCGAUAGAGAAGCAAUGGGAAAAACAGUGUUAAAAAAUCCACACCAAGCAAACUGUACGGUAUAGUAAAGUAUCUCAAGGUAAUUUGCAAAGGAAGCCAAUAUCAUUAUCCCCAUUUUACAGAUUGGGAAAUUAAUCUACAGAGAAGCAAAGUGACUUGCCCAAAGUCAUCCAACUGGUCAGUGGCAGAGCUGGGAAUCUUCUGAGUCCCAGUCCAGUGCUCUAUGCACUAGGCCACAUUGCCUGUGUCUUUAAGGUCAGGAUUCUAGACAACAAAAUGACUGAACGCUUUGACUGUCACUACUGCAAGGAGUCCCUGUUUGGCAAGAAGUACAUCCUGAGAGAGGAGAGCCCCUAUUGUGUGAAGUGUUAUGAGAGCCUGUACUCCAACACUUGUGAGGAAUGCAAAAAGCCAAUUGGCUGUGAUUGCAAGGAUCUGUCCUACAAGGACCGGCACUGGCAUGAAACCUGUUUCCACUGCUUCCAAUGCAAGAACUCAUUGGUGGACAAACCUUUUGCUGCAAAAGAGGAGCAUCUACUUUGUACUGAAUGCUAUUCCAAUGAAUACUCUUCCAAAUGCAAUGAGUGCAAGAAGACUAUCAUGCCAGGUACACGCAAGAUGGAGUAUAAGGGCAACAGCUGGCAUGAGACCUGCUUUAUCUGCCAUCGUUGUCAACAACCAAUUGGAACAAAGAGCUUCAUCCCCAAAGAUAAUCAAAACUUCUGCGUACCCUGCUAUGAAAAGCAGUUUGCCAUGCAGUGUGUCCAGUGUAAGAAGGCUAUCACUACAGGAGGUGUAACUUACCGGGAGCAGCCCUGGCACAAGGAGUGCUUUGUUUGUACUGGAUGCAAGAAGCAGUUGUCUGGACAGCGCUUUACCUCCCGGGAUGAGUUUGCAUAUUGCCUCAGCUGCUUCUGCAAUCUCUAUGCCAAAAAGUGUGCUGGAUGCACCAACCCCAUCAGUGGACUCGGAGGAACCAAGUAUAUCUCCUUUGAAGAACGGCAGUGGCAUAAUGACUGCUUUAACUGUAAGAAGUGUUCUCUUUCAUUAGUGGGCCGCGGCUUCCUCACAGAAAGGGAUGACAUCCUUUGCCCCGAGUGUGGGAAAGAUAUUUAAAGUUUAAAACAAGGAGGAAAGCAGAGUUGUGCUUGCAAUACAUAUUUUUUGAAACAUGCGAUGUUGUGUACUAGCUUUAGUCAACCAUAUGAAGACUUUACUCUUCUGUGUUUCUCAGUACCGUUCACACCACGUAACCUUUUUUUCCUCCAGACUGUCUAAAUCCAAAGGCGGAUUGGGAGGGGGGCAACAAAUGAUCUCAGAAUCUCUAGAUGGGUUGUUGAUGGUUAAGAAUUUACACAGUUAAUCAAGAUAAGUGCAAGACUUGAUAUAUGAAAUGUUUUGACUGUUAUUGACAUUUUCUUUUCUUCACCUAAUAUUUGAAUUUACAAACCUUAGUCUUUAAGAGAGUGAUAUGUUUGAAGGAUUACAAUGACUAUGUGCUAUAACUUCAUAGAUAGAGAUUCAGGGUGAAAUCUUGACCCACUGAAGUAAAUGCAAAACUCCAUUUGACUUCAGUAGGCCAGGAAUUCAAGCCUAGUGUUCUUGGAAUGUGUAAUUGCAGUGUGCUGUCAAGUGUGUAGAAAGAUGAGAAUGUAGCAUGUGUAUCGGUGUUAAACGAUCUGUGCCAUGCCUUAACUAGGAAAAAAUGAUUAAUCAAUCAUUUAAGCGGGAGUGUUCGGUAACAAAUAUUUUAUUGCAUGACUAGAUGAUCAUUGUGUGAAAUACAAAUUCUGUUGUCAGUAUCAAUUGAAACUACACUGCAUAGUGUAUUUCUUAAAAUAAUAAAAUCAUUUAAUAAAUUCAA